AUGCCGAAAAUAAAGAAGCGAUCUAUUGAUAGUUCAAACGUUCUUAGUUCUCGUGAUGUCUCGAAAAUUCGUAAACUUAUGCGGGAAAAUGUAGAUGAAGAAAAAUCUAUUGUUUCAAAAUCACUGAGUACCACUGUAGAUACAGAGUCCAGUUCUGAAGAAUCUGAAGUUGAAGAGGAAUUUCAGCUAGAUUUUCCUGAUUUCGAUGAUGGUGGUGACGCUCUAGAAGAUGAUGAGGACUGGAACAAAUUUUUUAAAGCAAAUGCUGAAAAUAAGGAACUGGUGACAGAACUUCAGAAAAAUCUGACAGAGUCCAAAAAUAAGAUUUCUGAAGAUAUGUCUCAGUAUACUGAUAGCGUUAUUGGUGAUUUAGAUGCAGUGAAAGGAUUUGAAGACUUGAGUGAACUGCCUGAAGAAUUGAGAGAUCACCUGAAUUUGUUGAUUGAUGUACUUAGGCAUUAUCGAAGUGGGCCUCUGCCUAAAACAGUGAAAAUGUUACCACAUUUAGUUGGAUGGGAGACUUUGUUGGAAAUGUUGAAGCCACUAGAAUGGUCUGUUCAUACAUAUCCUCGUAUUGUCAAAGUAUUCGCAUCCAAAGGUCAUGAACCAGCACAUCACUUUUAUGAACUUUACCUAUUACCUAAAGUGAAACAAGAUAUUGAAGAGAAUAGACGUUUAUGUUUUCACUUAUUCGAAGCAUUAAUUAGAUCCAUGUUUCGACCGGAAGAAUUCAUCUCUGGUGUUUAUUUACCUUGGGUUCAGUCAGAAAUGUCAAAAACUGAAGGUUUAAUAUUAUCUAAUCUAAUUAAACGAGCAACACUUAAAUCACGAUUUGCAGCAGUUGCAUUAGCUUUAACACUAGAAGAAGAAUUCAGUAUACCUCGAUCAAUGGUUAUUGAAACAUUCUUAACUAAAAAAUAUCAUUUACCAGAAGCUGCUGUCCUUAAAGUUAUUGAUUAUUUUAUCAGUUUCGAUAAAGAUUGUACUGCAUACUUUACAGAUGAGAAACGUAUGCCACUUACCUGGUUCAAGAGUCUUUUAGUAUUUUUAGAGUUCUAUCGUCACUGUAUUGGAUCAGAUGAACGUGAAAAGUUAUUGAAAUUGUGUCGACGUCAUGAACAUCCACAAAUAACUCAAGAAAUUCGAAGUUUCUUGGGAACUAUUCCAAAUAAAUGA